UUAUUUUAUUACAUGUGCACUUGGCUACAAUAAUGUAACAAAACAAGUUUUCCACAAACUAAAGUAAAAGCAACACAUUACUCGCCAAUGUAACACAAACGUAUCAUUGCUCAAUUUACUUGCUUAGUAAAACAUUAUCAAAAUUCGGUCAGAAAAGGGCGGAAGUGGAGGCUUUGGUAUGACAGUUUGCGCAGAGAGAGAGAGAAGUAUAUUGGUAGUGAGACUGCGCAAUAGCACAACAAUUGAGUUUUAAUUGUGAGCGUGUAGUCUGCAGUACUGGUGUUAAGUCUGUAACGUGAUCAGGUCUACCGUAACCAUAUCAGAUAAGAAAAUGAUUUUAUUUUAUUUUACCAAUGCAAUUAUGCAAGUGAAGGAAAAGCAAUCGGGCCUUAGGAAAAGUAUUCAUCUGUUGAACAAUUUUAUCCUAAUGUCUAUUGUUGUCUCUUGGGAUGGAGUAAUGGCACAGAAUGUUCCAGGCAAGGUUAAGUUUUCACUGGGUCGGUUUCAGAACUUGUCUGUGACACAGAACUUUCCUGUGGAGGCUGUGUUAACCAGAAUCCCAGGAGACAUCACCCACAUCAUCUUCCAGUUUCACAGUCAGUACCGCAAUGCAACCAUUUCCUAUGAUCAGGCCCCUACUCCAAACACAUCCCUGACAGCCCACGAUGCAGGACUGGUUUCCACUCUCCGUCUUCAGCAGAGCUCAUUGCAGUGGUACAUGGAGUCUCCUGAAGGCAAACCUGUUUCUGGCAUGGCAGUCAUUCUGCCCUACAAAGCGAGAGAUCCAGUUCCCGGAGGCUGUAACCUGGAGUAUAACCUUGAUACAGAGCCCAAUAUUUAUCUGCACUAUAAUCUGUUUGAAACAAUCAUUCGGUUUGCACCAGCAAAUAUAGGAUAUGCAAGGGGACAGACUGCCCCGCCCUGCGAUGUCAGCAGUGGGCAGACCUCCAGAAAGCCCCUCGAGUAUGAUGUCUAUCAAUACUUCCUUCCUGAGGGCGACCUCUCUGAACAGGUCUUCAUAGGACACAUUCAGAAAAUGGCAGACAUACACAAGGUGGUAGCCAAUGGGAAAAAACUGAUGACCUUGAGUUCAAAUGACCAGCCCAUGGUUUCCUUCAGCUCUCUUCCUGGUCAGGGUGUGAUCUACUCCAUCAUAGUGAGGGAUCCUGUGUUUAAUACCUCUGCCUCUUAUGUGCCUGUUCACACGUAUGCCUGCAGCUUUACCUCCACACUGGAUAACUGCUACACUCUAGGAAAGAUUUCUACAAAGGUCUUCUUUACCAUAGCUGGUAUGGCUGGCCUUUUCAUUUGUUUCUUUGGGCACAGGUUCUUCAAAUCUGAACUCUUUUGUAUGGGUUUUAUCUUCACUGCAUUUCUAUUCUUCAUGCUUAUCACAAGAACAACCCCCCUAAGCUAUGAUAUGAGGCUGUCCCUGACAGCAUUGAUGGGGGUAGUGGGUGGAGUGCUCCUGGUGCUCUGCUGGUGGAGAUUCGGCUCUCAUCUCCUCUCCAUUUUAAUAGUCGGCCUUGUACUGGGGUUCCUCUUUUCAUCCAUGUUCUUCUUCACCCCAAUAGGAGAUUUUGAAGUCUUCCACAGUGAUGUGGUUUUCUGGUUGACCUUCACUAGCAUUGCUCUAGUCGUCCCUUUAAUAUGUGUCAGGUUCCCUAGAGAGGGUAACAUAACAGCGUGUGGAGUUGUUGGAGGAUAUACAGUGAUUUUAGCUGUGAAUAGUUACACUUACACCAGCCUCACCUACAUAACAUUAGACAUCCUGAAGCGAGCUCUGAACAACAACUUCAGCAAAGCCUUCACAAACAUCCCUUUUCAAGGAAUUGAUUUCAUUAUGUUUACUGUGUGGGCUGUCCUCACUGUCAGCGGAAUGGUCCUGCAGCUCUACAGAGAGAGGACCAGGCCAGUCUUCCAUCGGAGCCCCUACAUGAUGUGGAAACAAGAGAGGGAGCGUCGGAAAACCAACAUCCUAGACCCCAGUUACCAUGUCCCACCACUGCGAACACGCUUGAAAAGCAGAGUGGAGGAGAUGUUUCGAAAGGAAGAGCCUGCUGGAGAGAGAACACCGCUGCUUUUAUGACCUGUUUGGCUGUUCUGAUGACACAUUAGUGAACAGAAAAAAACUGAAAUGAAUAGAGUAUUCCACAACGUGGUGCUUUCAACUACCAUCUCUUCUUGUGGCUUGCUGGAGAGACAGUGGAACACAGCUGCCACUGCCUGCUUCCCAUCUUUCUGGUUUUUAUGGUUACCUGGAGGUAGAUCUCAGCUGAAAAAACUGAAUAGUGUGAUUUACACUUAAAACAUGAUCUAAAGGAUCAAAGCAGCCACACCAGCUACUUAAAAAAGCCUACGGUAUUCUUACCGCCCCCCCCGCCUCCCCCCCAAGUGCCUUCCCACCCAUGAAUUUUACAUGUCCAAAAACACACAAAUCAAGCAGGAGGGGGAAUAGGUGGAUGCUAGUGCCCAAGAUGCUAGAUGAGGAAUGAUGGAAUCCAGCCAUCAAACACAGGCCACUUGUAUUUGAGUGCAAGGAAAUGAGAGCUCUUGAAUCUUCAGUAGUGUCACCCACCGUAGAGAGUAGUUGCUGGAAGUAUUUUAGAUCACAUGUCUACUUAAUCCCAUGGCUAGAGCCAGGACGCUUGUUAAUGCCAGACUAUUAUGGAUGCAGGUAAAAUUUGUUUGUGCAGGGUCCAAAAAUGAAUCCCAGUAUAUUCAAAAUGAAUUAAAUAACCAGAAAACCUCCAUGUGUUUUAUAGUUAAGCCCAAGUGGCUCAUAGUAUCCAUUGGUAUUGUACCCCUAAAGUAUGUUCUUAUGAAAAACCAAGCACAGUUGUUUAGGAAAUCUAUAAAUCACUUAAUAGCAAAUAAUUAUUAAUUUUUAUUUAUUGCUAGUAGAAUUUGUAUAAAGUUAAAGCCUAAAACUGCACAUCACUCCUUUAAAAUAUGCCUUUAAAAAAUUGGGUUCCAAAAUGAUACUUGUAAUUCUGUCACGCACUGAUGUUGACAUUUCUUUUCUCUUAUCUAAAAUUGAUAAAUUUGUUUUUGUUUUUACAGUGAAGUUUUUACAGUGAAACAUACAGAAAUAACUCCACAUUCAAGUUCACAUAGGUUAAGACACUAUAAGGUGCUGCGUAACUUUUUAUGCUGCUAGUUUUGCACAGAGGUUAGAAGACACUUUAACUUGUAUCCGUGACUGUUUGGAGGUCUUUUGUUAAGGUGAGAAUAGUAAUCUUUUUAAAUAAACAGCAGUAAAUGUGUUAACUUGUGGUUCCCAGGGCUACUACUUUGGGGAUUAUGUUGCAGACAAAUACCUCAAUGACAAUUACAAUAUAAACAUAUGCACUAAUCUUUAAGCAAGCUGUUUACUCAUUUUGUUAACCUUACAUGCCAGUUUAAUUUUUAUGUAAUAACUAACAAGGAUUCUAACAAUGUGGAGAUAGUGGAAUGGAGUAUUGUGAGUAAAUCUCUCUUGCAAGAGUUUUCAGCUUGCGUUUUCUCAAAGCAUUCUGCAUAUUAAAAGUUGACAGAAUUCUGAACAGAUUCAGCCACAGUGCGUCACUGUUAAUGCCAUAAUGACUUUUCCAGAUCAGGAACGUUACUGGUGUAAAAAGAUUUGCAUGCACCAUUUAAAGAAUAAAUGAGAACUGUGUCAAUUGUAGACUUGUAAAGGUAAUUAUACAAACCACUUAUGUGAUACCUAAUGAGUAAGUUGCUCAAGAUUAAAUUCUUUACUUUUCUGA